AUGAAUUGGGCAUUACUUCCAAAGUAUAGUGAAGAAUAUAUAAGAGGGGUGAAAGAUUUUGUGUCGAAUGGUUUUGCAAAUUUUGGUGUAGGAACUGAACUUAGGUGCCCUUGUAAGAAAUGUAUUAAUCGGUUCUGGCACUCACGCGAUGUCGUUCAAGAUCAUCUUAUAUGUCAGGGGCCAUAUCCAGAGUUUGUCAACUGGAUAUAUGAGAUUUCAACUUCUAAGUUCAAGAAAAUCAGUGAUACUAGUGAUGAUAUGGAGUGUGAUCAGGGGGGGUUUGGUUUGGGGGAUGAUUUUGAUGAGAUGAUCCGUAAUUCAUAUAAAAAUGACAUUGACACUAGUGGUAAAAAUCAGAUGAACAAAGAUGCAAUUAAUUUUUAUAGGCUAGUGGAGGAGGGCAAACAACCUUUGUAUCCGGGGUCGAAAACUUUUACUCGUUUAAGUUUUGUAGUUAAACUUUACAUGUUGAAGUGCACUUGUGGAUUUACCGAGUCAGCCUUUAGUGCAAUACUUGAGCUGAUAAAAGAGGCCUUCCCCAACUCAAAUUUGCCUCCUUCUUUUAGUGCUGCGAAGGGGAUGAUUAAAGAAUUAGGCCUUGAUUAUGAGAAGAUACAUGCAUGUCCUAACGAUUGCAUGCUAUAUUGGGCUAAAAAUAAAGAUGAAAAUAUAUGCAAAGUGUGUGGAGUUUCAAGAUGGAAAGCUGUAGAUAAUGAUAAAAAUGAUAUAUUAGAGAAGGAUGAUAGGAAACAAUAUAAAGUCCCUGCCAAAGUUGUGAGAUACUUUCCGUUGAAACCUAGGUUACAAAGAAUGUUCUUGUCUAAAGAAUAUUCUGAACUCAUGACUUGGCACGCAACGGGCCGAAUAAAUGAUGGAAAGUUAAGACAUCCUGCCGAUGCCAAGGGCUGGAAGUCAAUGGAUGCAAGUCAUCCAAAAUUUGCUCAAGAAAAUCGAAAUGUUAGGUUGGGGUUAGCGGCAGAUGGGUUUAAUCCUUACCGUACUAUGAGUAUAUCUCACAGUACUUGGCCUGUGAUGCUAGUUAAUUAUAAUUUACCACCUUGGUUGAUUAUGAAACCUGAGAAUAUAAUUCUUUCAACUCUGAUCCCUGGUCCUACACAGCCUGGUAAUGAAAUAGAUGUGUAUUUGCAGCCACUUAUAGCUGAGUUAAAAGAGUUGUGGGAAACUGGUAUAGAAACAUAUGAUGCCCACUUUAACAACACUUUUACCUUGCACGCGAGCCUGUUAUGGACAAUAAGUGAUUUUCCGGGGUAUGGGGUUUUAUCAGGUUGGACCACAAAGGGAUACCUUGGUUGUCCCGAAUGUCACUAUGAAACAUCAUCAACCUAUUUGAAGCACAGCCGUAAAGUUUGUUACAUGAGCCACAGAAAAUUCCUACCUCCUGAUCACAAGUUUAGAUUUGACACCAAAAGAUUUAACGGGGAAGUUGAAACAAAUCUUUGUCCUGAACCUUUAUCCGGAAAUUUCAUUGUUAGACUUCUGGGUAAAUUUAGGAAUAAUUUUGGAAAGCUGAAAGGUAAGAAAAAAGAUGCAGAUUGUCCUUGGAAAAAAAAGUCGAUAUUCUUUGAGUUACCGUAUUGGAGUGAUCAUUUAAUUAGACAUAAUCUAGAUGUGAUGCAUAUAGAGAAAAACAUCGUCGAUAAAAUCUUAGGAACUUUGUUAAACAUUGGGGGCAGAACAAAGGACCAUCUAAAUGCUCGUCUAGAUUUGCAGGAGAUGGGGAUUCGUAAGAUUCUUCAUCCUGUGAAAUCUGCUGAUAACAAUCACUUUGAAAUUAGGGCAGCUUGUUUUGACAUGACCAGAAAAGAAAAGGAAGACUUCUGUUCAGUGCUGAUGAAUGCUAGACUGCCAUAUGGAUGUGCGUCUAAUAUCAGCCGGUGUGUGCAAUUGAAUGAAAGAAAAAUUUCUGGUAACAGUCUCAGUACUGUUUUUGGGAUUUAUUGUGUUGUUGAACCUUUAUUGGUGGAUUGCUAUAUUUUGAAAAUGGUCAUGUCAAUUUUUUUUUAA